CGCACCGCUCGAACGCUCAGUCUUCAAAGAGAUCUCGACCGAGCAACAAGUGAACGGAAGAAUCCGAGCAGUGAAGAAUCAGAAAGACCGAGGAAACACUCGAGAACUCUUUAAUAACAUUGUGAACCAAAAACCAGAAACAGCCACUGAAAACACACGGAAAGCAGAGUGAUUCGCCAUAGUUUUGCUAGUGUUUUCAAGGGCACCCAUCUCAUACAGCUGUGCUGCAAAUUUUGUGCCAGUUGCCGUAUCUCAGAAGCGGCGGGUCCAAAGUAUCGCCGAGUACGCCGCAGAGCCGAUUCCUUCGCCAAUAAGCGGCGCAUUUGACCGCCUGCCCAAUAAACAUGGCCGCCAUAUAACCGCAAACGGCGAACGCAACCACACAAAGUCGGAGCUUUGCGAUUAGACAACCAGAUAGCGGGGAGUUCAAGGAGAGAUCCCCGCCAGCAAGGAAAUCCAUUUUGAAGGGAGACCAGCCGCAGCAGACCAAAGAUGAACAGCCUGGCGCGGGUCUUCAGCAACUUCCGCGACUUCUACAACGACAUCAAUGCCGCCACCCUCACGGGAGCCAUCGAUGUGAUCGUGGUGGAGCAGCGCGAUGGCGAGUUCCAGUGCUCGCCCUUCCACGUCCGGUUCGGCAAACUGGGAGUGCUCAGGAGUCGGGAGAAGGUGGUGGACAUUGAGAUCAAUGGCGCACCGGUCGACAUACAGAUGAAGCUGGGCGAUUCUGGCGAGGCCUUCUUUGUGGAGGAGUGCCUGGAGGAUGAGGACGAGGAGCUGCCAGCCAACCUGGCCACCUCGCCCAUACCAAACAGCUUCUUGGCGUCCCGGGACAAGGCCAACGACACCAUGGAGGACAUCAGUGGAGUGGUGACAGAUAAAAACGCUAGCGAGGAGCUGCUUCUGCCACUGCCAUUGCCGCGGCGCAACUCCAUUGACUUCUCCAAGGAGGAGCCCAAGGAAGCCGUUGUUGAGGGCAGCAAGUUCGAGAAUCAAGUCUCGGACUACACGCAGCGCAGACACACCGACAACACACUGGAGCGUCGCAACUUAAGCGAAAAGCUCAAGGAGUUCACCACGCAGAAGAUCCGGCAGGAGUGGGCCGAGCACGAGGAGCUGUUUCAGGGCGAGAAGAAGCCGGCAGACUCGGAGCUGGAGAACCAAAGCAAAGCCUCAAACGAAGCUGAGACGGAGAAGGAAGUUCCGGCGCUCAUUGAAGACAAGGAAAAGGAAAAGGAGCAGAUCAAACCAGACGUUAACCUCACCCCGGUCACAACCAGCGAAGCCACCAAGGAGGUGUCCAAGAGCAAAACCAAGAAGCGGCGCAAGAAGUCGCAAAUGAAGAAGAAUGCCCAGCGCAAGAACUCCUCAAGUAGCUCAUUGGGCAGCGCUGGCGGCGGUGAUUUGCCUUCGGCGGAGACGCCAUCACUGGGAGUGAGCAACAUCGAUGAAGGAGAUGCACCCAUAUCCAGUGCCACAAACAACAACAACACCUCGUCGUCGAACGAUGAGCAGCCAUCCGCUCCCCUGGUGACAGCUCGCACUGGGGACGAUAGCCCGCUCAGCGAGAUUCCCCACACCCCCACUAGCAAUCCACGCCUGGAUUUGGACAUUCACUUCUUCAGCGACACGGAGAUCACCACUCCCGUGGGUGGCGGUGGUGCUGGGUCAGGUCGCGCCGCCGGCGGACGACCUUCGACUCCCAUCCAAAGUGACAGUGAACUGGAAACCACCAUGCGAGACAAGCGGCACGUGGUGACUGAAGAGAGCACCGCAUCGUGGAAGUGGGGCGAGUUACCCACACCGGAGCAGGCCAAGAAUGAGGCCAUGAGCGCCGCCCAGGUGCAGCAGAGCGAGCACCAAUCGAUGCUCAGCAACAUGUUCAGCUUCAUGAAGAGGGCUAAUCGGCUACGCAAGGAGAAGGGCGUCGGCGAGGUGGGAGACAUCUACCUGUCUGAUCUGGAUGCCGGCAGCAUGGACCCCGAGAUGGCGGCCCUCUACUUCCCUAGUCCCCUGUCCAAGGCGGCAUCGCCGCCGGAGGAGGAUGGCGAGAGCGGCAAUGGCACCAGUCUGCCCCACUCGCCCAGCUCGCUGGAGGAAGGUCAGAAGAGUAUUGACUCGGACUUUGACGAGACCAAGCAGCAGAGGGACAACAACAGGUACUUGGACUUUGUGGCCAUGUCCAUGUGCGGAAUGUCGGAGCAGGGAGCACCACCCUCGGACGAGGAGUUCGACCGCCACCUGGUUAACUAUCCAGACGUGUGCAAAAGCCCCAGCAUUUUUUCAUCGCCUAACCUAGUCGUACGGCUGAAUGGCAAAUACUACACCUGGAUGGCUGCAUGUCCCAUUGUCAUGACAAUGAUCACCUUCCAGAAGCCACUAACCCAUGAUGCCAUUGAGCAGCUGAUGUCUCAGACGGUCGACGGCAAGUGCCUGCCUGGCGACGACAAGCAGGAGGCAGUUGCCCAGGCCGACAAUGGGGGUCAGACGAAGCGCUACUGGUGGAGCUGGCGGCGCUCGCAGGACGCUGCACCCAACCACUUGAGCAACACUCAUGGUAUGCCUUUGGGCAAGGAUGAAAAAGAUGGAGAUCAGGCAGCUGUGGCAACGCAAACCUCGCGGCCUACCUCGCCCGACAUCAGCGAUCCCACGCUGAGCAAGAGCGACUCCCUGGUGAACGCGGAGAACACCUCGGCGUUGGUGGACAACCUGGAGGAGCUAACCAUGGCCUCCAACAAGAGCGACGAGCCCAAGGAGCGUUACAAGAAGUCGCUGCGACUCAGCUCGGCUGCUAUCAAAAAACUGAACCUCAAGGAGGGCAUGAAUGAAAUCGAGUUCAGCGUGACGACCGCUUAUCAAGGCACCACGCGCUGCAAGUGCUACUUGUUCCGCUGGAAGCACAACGACAAGGUGGUGAUCUCCGACAUUGACGGCACCAUCACCAAGUCGGACGUGCUGGGCCACAUCCUGCCCAUGGUGGGAAAGGAUUGGGCGCAACUCGGUGUGGCGCAGCUCUUCUCGAAGAUCGAGCAGAACGGCUACAAGCUGCUCUAUCUGUCGGCCCGCGCCAUCGGCCAGAGCAGGGUGACACGCGAGUACCUCCGGUCGAUCCGGCAGGGCAACGUGAUGCUGCCGGACGGACCGCUGCUGCUGAAUCCCACGUCCCUGAUAUCGGCCUUCCACCGCGAGGUGAUUGAGAAGAAGCCGGAGCAGUUUAAGAUCGCCUGUCUCUCGGACAUCCGCGAUCUGUUCCCCGACAAGGAGCCCUUCUACGCCGGCUACGGCAACCGCAUCAAUGACGUGUGGGCUUACCGAGCCGUGGGCAUUCCCAUCAUGCGCAUCUUCACGAUCAACACCAAGGGCGAGUUGAAGCACGAGCUGACCCAAACAUUCCAGUCCUCAUACUGCAGCAUGACGUACAUCGUCGAUCAACUGUUCCCGCCGGUCAAACUGGACGAAGCCUCCGCCGAGUUCUCCAACUUCAACUACUGGCGCGACCCCAUCCCCGACCUGGAGAUCCCCGAGCUGGAGACGGCGCUGGUGCCACCGAGCACCAAGGUGGACAUAGCCACCCUGCGCCCCAUUCCCGAGAAGUGAACUGGCUGCUGAGAAGUCCAGCUUGCGUACUACAAACCUAUUUACUUAUAUGGAUAUGCAACACACUCUAUUUAUAGCAGAUAUAGCGCUUUUCCAAAUUGUUUGCCUAGCUUCAAACCUUCUAGAUGUGCUUACCAAAAAUGAAAUAUCUAUAUUAUGCAUAAGCUUAGCCAGGAUUCGAUAUUUCCUUGGUUUCAUUAUCAUUUCCUAUCGAUCGUUUCUAGUUAAAUGGGUGGUUUAAGUUGUUAUCAAAAUUCAGUUAUUAAUAGUGACUACUAUAAGUAUGUUCCUUUGAGACUCCCCGCAGGUUCGUAGAAGAUGCAUAUUCCAGACGGCGCAAAGGAGUUGUGAUUUUGAUUUCAUUAUUUUUCGUAUGUGAUCAUUUAAUUUAAGUUCAUUGUGAUUAGGUUUUCUUGGAGUUUUUAUGAAAACUGUGCUCUAAACCUAUGUAUACUUAACUGAUAGUGUUUCAAUACCAAUAAAUGCUUCAAAUUCAAACAAAA